UAUUAUAAGGGCAAACCUCUUUUUCCAGCUUCUCCCUCUUUCGACUCUACUUGCUCCCAUUGCCUCAGUCACUUUCAGCUCCUGGCUCUCUGGAAAACUGCUUUUCUUCUCCGGUUUUCCGAUUCGACCAGAUCGCGUCACUCCGUCUCGAUCUGUCGGUGAAAUUGACUCUUCGUUUGAGUUUCUGGUCAUGGCGGGUGAGAAGAAAAUCGAAAAUGGUGAGCCUGCUGCUACAGUGUUGAUAUCUGAUCCUGCUACUGGUCUGCCGGAGCAAGAAGUGGCUUCAGGGAAAGAUGGGGUCCCAUCUGACUUGACCUCAUCCAUAUCAACUUCAAAGGAUGUCAACGCUAGCAUCAAAGGUGAGAUUGAUCAACAGUCAGUGGGAGAGCAUGGUGUUCACAAUCCACCUUCUAGCUGUGACAGUUAUUAUUAUCCAGGAUAUAAUGGAUCGUUUACGCAGGUUGAUGAUCAGGGUUAUUAUCAUGCCAAUGGUUCUAAUGCAGCUAUACCAUCAGACAAUGGUAUGUAUUAUAACUAUUAUUUUAAUCCGUAUCAAUCUGGGCAUAUGGUGGGAGUUGAUGGACAAGGUAUUAGUCAACAGCAAUAUUAUCCAUCAUCAGGGUAUCAUCAGCCAGCUGUUUCUUAUGGAUCAGAAGCUCUGUAUUCAUGGGAUCCGGCAUUUGGGAGAGAUGUUCCCAAUGGAGCCAAGUCUGGUAUUCGCUCUACUGGUGGUGUAGCAAGGACGAAUGGCUACAAUUCAUCAAAAACUAAUGGCAGUUUUACAAACAAGUUUUCCAAGCCUGUUCUUAAUGCGCAACCAACCAAACAGUUGAGCAAGGUGCCUCAUUAUGGUUCUGAAUUCUCGGCUGCAACAGCUCCCAUUUUUAAAGGAUUUCCCCCUCAGGCUGGACGAUAUGCAUCAUUUGCUAAUCAGAAACAAGGUCUGUACCCACAGCAGACUGGUUUCUCAAGCUAUAAUAAACCUUUUGGGUCAAAAAUAUGGCCUGGAAACGAUAGAUUCAAGUCAAGGGACAAAAAUAAUAGGAAUGGAGAUUUUGAAGCCUCAACUGAAUUAACCCGUGGUCCAAGGUCUCGCAUUAAGAGCCAGUCAGAUUCUACACCUGAGAAGGAAGACGUUGGAUCUGCUGUUCAGAAAGAGCAGUAUAACACAGUUGAUUUCGCCACUGAUUAUGAACAUGCUAAGUUUUAUGUUAUCAAGUCCUACAGUGAAGAUGACGUUCACAAGUCUAUUAAAUACGCUGUUUGGGCUAGUACCCCAAAUGGCAACAAGAAGCUAGAUGCAGCAUACCAUGAUGCAGAAGUGAAAUCGACUGAGACAGGCACAAGAUACCCUAUUUUCCUCUUCUUCUCGGUAAAUGGAAGUGGACAAUUUCUCGGUGUAGCCGAAAUGGCCGGUCAGGUAGAUUUCAACAAAGACAUGGAUUUCUGGCAAGUUGACAAGUGGAACGGAUUCUUCCCCGUCAAGUGGCAUAUAGUAAAAGACAUCCCCAACACUCAAUUGCGACACAUUAUCCUCGAAAAUAAUGAUAACAAGCCCGUAACUUUCACUCGUGAUACCCAAGAGGUUGGAUUAAAGCAAGGACUGGAAAUGUUGAAUAUAUUCAAGAGUUACACACCGAAGACUUCUUUGUUAGACGAUUUUAGCUUCUACGAAAGCCGAGAAAAGGUCCUCCUAGCCAAAAGAGCCAUUAACAUCAAGCCUGCAGCAACAUUGAAGAUGGAAACCAAUUUCAACAACAGCGAAUUCACGCAGCAACAGCAACGCGGAAAUGGAGUAGAGAGGAAUGCUGACAUCGAGAACUCAGAGCAGCGCGCAGCAUCUCUCAUCAGUCUCGCCAAUCUUUCCCUUAGCGCCAAUGCAUAAGAGUAGUAACUAAAUGUGCCUGAAAUUUGAGACAAAGUCAUCACAUAGUUUUUAGAGAUAGCACAAAUAGGUCUCUCUUGUCUUUUUUUUUUUUCUUUCUUUUUAAUUUUACUUCUUUUCUGUUUCAUCUCUCAAUUUUUGUCUUUUGUUCUAGUUUUCGAUCUAGUAGAAGAGAUUUGAAGUGUUCAUUUUCUUUUUGGUCUUCUUUUUCUAAAAGCAUAGUAGGGACUUGGUAGUAGUGAGUGAGUAAUGAGUUGAAUUUGGAGAUUGGUUAGUGAGUGAGUGAGUGAGAGAGAUUGAGUGAGUUUUAGUUUCUAUUUUGCGUUUUUAAAUUUUGAGCAACUUCAACAUUUAAGUAAGUGCCCUCAAGAAAUUUUAAAUCCAAGCUUUCCUAAAA